AUGCAAUUGACAAACCCCGGCACCGUUCCGGUCUACACCAUCUCUGGUGCUUCGACAGCAAGGCCUUUGCCUGACUGGUUGGCCAGGCGCAGAAAGAGAUCACUCAAGAACGACCCCGAAUACGCAAACCGAGUCGAGCUUCUGCAGGAUUUCGAAUUCGAGGAGGCGAGCACAUGCAUCCAGGUCAGCGAGGAUGGUGACUGGGCCGUCAGUGCCGGAACCUACAAGCCUCAAAUCCACGUCCACAACCUGCCGCAACUGUCUCUCUCGUUCGCGCGUCAUACCAACUCUCUCACGGAGAAGUUGGCCAUUCUCUCUUCCGACUACUCAAAGACUCUGCUUCUCCAAGAUGACCGACGACUCGAGUUCCACACCCCGAUGGGCUGCCACUACACGAUCAGGAUACCUCGGUAUGGAAGAGAUUUGCUGUACGACAGGCAUUCGGCGGAGGCCCUUGUACCGGCCGUCGGAGUUGAUUCAGACGGAUUGGGAGAGGUGUUCCGGUUGAAUCUCGAGAUUGGAAGAUUCAUGAAGUCGUUCCAGAUUGAUGUUGGUGGGGAUGAAGAAGGAGCUGGCUUGCAAGGUGGCAUCGAGGCCGGCAGUGUAAACGCUGCUGCUUUGGCCGAGAAGUCACACGGCCUGGCUGCAUUUGGAACAUCGCUUGGCACUGUUGAAUUCUGGGACGCCAGGUCGAAGUCUAGAGUUGCACGUCUUGGUUGCCAAGAGGGAGCGAUUACUGCACUUGACUUCAACGCCUCAGGCCUUUCGAUUGCCACUGGAUCUGCCAACGGCAUGGUUCAGCUGUUUGAUCUGCGUCGCCCUGUACCUCUUCUCACCAAGGACCAAGGGUACGGCUUCCCGAUCAAGAAGUUGAUUCACAUGACAACUGCGUCUCAGGAGAAGAAGGUUCUGUCCGCCGACAAGAGAAUCAUCAAGAUUUGGGACGAGACGGACGGCACGCCCUGGACAUCGGUUGAGCCUAUUGUGGACAUCAACGACAUUGCCUGGUGCAAGGACACUGGUAUGCUUCUGACUGCCAACGAAGGCAAGCAACAACACUCUUUCUUCGUUCCCAGCCUGGGUCCGGCCCCGAGAUGGUGCUCCUUCUUGGACAACAUGGUCGAGGAAAUGGCCGAGGAGGUCCGCACCGAAACUUAUGACAACUACAAGUUCUUGACGCUGCCCGAACUCAAGCAACUCAGCAUGGAACACCUUAUCGGCAAGACCAAUCUUCUCAGGCCAUACAUGCACGGAUACUUUGUGGCCUCCAAGCUUUACGAGCAGGCAAGGCUCAUCGCCAACCCCUAUGUCUGGGAGGAGGAGAGGACGAAGCGCAUCCAAGAGAAGGUCGAGAAGGAGCGUGCCAGCAGAAUCAGAGGCAACAAGAAGGUCAAGGUCAACCAGAAGCUUGCCGACAAGCUGCUCAAGAGGCAGGAGAACAGAGAGGUUGUGGACACAAAGGCCGGUGUACUGGGCGACGAGCGUUUCGCCAAGCUCUUCGAGGACGAGGCGUUCGCCGUCGACGAGACCAGUUACGAGUUCCGCGCUCUCAACCCAAGCACCACCGUCGCCGCUCCGGAUACUCACGAAGUGGGUGUCAGCUCUGCUGCCAGACCUGCUGAGGCGCCCAAGGUAGGAUUGGGCAAGAAGGCUCAAUCCCAGGCAGCAGAGAUGACGAUGAAGGUGUCUUCCUCCAACCAGAAGCAUGGAGGAAGAGAAAGGGACACCGCGUUGGGUUCCCGUGUGCAGAAGUCGGGACGCAUCGGCAAGAUGAACCGUGGAGAGGCUUUCGGCGAGAAGCAAGUCACGUUCGUCCCGGACAAGAAGAAGAAGGGCCGUGGCCCGCCCCAGCAACAAGAGGAGAGCGCACCCAAGGAGAAGAAGAGGUUUGACGCAAGAAGAAGCGCAAGCACGAAUACAUUCAGAAGGCUAUAA